AAUUCACGUACGAUCUGCCAUGGAAAAACUUUGAAUACAGAUUCGAUUCGAAGAAAUUGAGCAUUGGCUAUAUUAUUCAACGAUCUUCCGCGAUAAUUUAUCGGAAUAGCUACUUCGUCCGGUUGGUCUCAACUUGGAGUGUUUAAAAAAUCUCUAAAAAGAAUCAUUACGUCGCCAUCAAUAACGUCGUUGAAUAGUGUUCGAAAGAAUUUUACUCCGCGAAUCGACUCGAUGAUAUUUUUCCACCGUCAUCGAAUCGCUCGAUCUCCGACGCAAGUCGGUGUCGUGAUUUCAAGAAGAAACAUCGAUAAAUAUUAUCAUCGACCGAUGAGAAAAUAAAAAAAAAUACUCCACACCGAUCGACGGGGGUACGGAAAAACACCCGUUCCUUUCAAUGAUCGUAUUAACAAUCCCUGGAAUGAGAAUCCCGGGGGCUCUACGUCUUCCGCCCCGAUUUUCCGAAUGUCCGUUAAUUUUACCCUCAGCGGUAACGUACGCCCAUGCAAAUGAUCACCACCGUGCGGAUCUAUUUUCGGAACCGUCGUCGUUCGUCCUGGUCUACCAGGCUCGGGGAAAGGAUCGAAUCAUUCGUGACGUCAGCGCCCCGAACGCGACCAUAUCGUAACGCGACGAUAUCGCGACUCGCUAGUCCCAUUCAUAUCGGCGAAUAAACGGAGAUUGAUAAUUUACACGCGUUGCGUUUGCAUCGAUGCGAUUUUUACCGACGGCUCGUCUCCUCUUCGCGACGAUCUGUAAUUUCGAGUGUUCGCCGGCAUCUUCUUCUGGGUUAUUCCGGGGGGUCAGAUCUGAAGAGAUCGCCGACAAACGUCGACCGUUAAUCGUGAGACGAAAAUUUUCGGAGGGCAAUAACAACGCACCAGAGGAAGACUCGUAUAAUGUACACAUAUUUACUCGCUGCGUAUAUGACAGCGAAGCUGCGAGAGCUCUUAUCAGUUCGUCGAAUAUACAUAUACUCGCUUUGUAUCACCAGCUAUUCGAUUUUGGAGUCAAGCAGUAUCUCGUAAUUUUAAAAUAAACCUCCGUAUCGAUCGAACGGCCGAAAAUCAGGGCGUGAAAGAUCGAAACCGAGCCGUUUUCCGGCGUCCUUGCGCACCGGCUAAUUGGUAGACGUUGAUUGAUUAGCCCCCUUCGCAGUCGUCGAGAGAGCUCGAAUUUAUAAAGUCGUGAACACGGGAUACUAGUAAAUGGAUAAGAUUGUUAGGAAAAAAACGAAAUAGGUAUCGGACCGUCACGGAUUCUCAUAUCUGAUAUAAACGCAGGUGGCUGACCGCGUGUCUGCUUCACGUGAUAAAGAAAAUUAGCCCGGCUUUUGCUCGAUAUAACGGCGAAGAUCGACGCCGGAAUUAGUCGAUCACUUGAAACCGUUGAAUCAGGUUGAACCCUCCGCUUCUUGUGUGCGAUCAACUUGCCCGGCGAUACUGAAAAUGUGGCCGACCGUCAGUCCUCUUCUCGUCACGCUCGUUCUUUGCAUGGAAUUCGCACUGCUGACUAACGGAAGCUUCGUAUCAGACAACAUCCUGGGCAGAUAUUCGCAAUGGGACUGUCUAACGGACGUCGAAUGUACGGCGAACGGGACUUCCUGCAUUUCCGGUUAUUGCGAAUGCGCUCCUGGAUAUUUUUUCAACAGCGACAUGACCGAGUGUAUUCGGAGAGCAACAGCCUACGGCGACGCGUGUAGCGAGAAGCAGCAGUGCAGCGGCUAUUUACUCGAAGGAGGAACUUGCGAAAAUUCAGUUUGCGUGUGCGCCGAUGGUUACCAUUACAUCCACGGGAGAUGUUAUCCGUCCUCAGGAUUGGGCGACAGUUGCGAGGCUGACGUAAAUUGCUACGUGAACGCGGACACCGAGGCUCUUUCCUGCGUUAACGGAACGUGCGUGUGCAGCGAAGGAUUCUAUCAACGAGAAUAUCGAACUUGUCGUCGCAUCGGCUACGCUGUUGGUGACGAGUGCGCGAUAGACUUGGACUGCAAAUUCGCAAACUCUUACUGCACCCGUCGUUUCGUAUGUGCCGAUUCCGCCGACUCCAACGGCGAGAUGACGCUCGAAGAAAACCACCCCAUCGAGGACGAUCGGUCGGCAGAACGAAUCGUUCGAGUCCUCGUGGGCGCUGCGUGCGAUUCCGACGCCAACUGCACCGACCUUGGAAACUCAAAAUGCGGUCCCGACGGCACCUGCAUAUGCAACAGAGGCUACUACGCGUCCGCUGACCUUUCGAGCUGUUUAGCAGCUAUCGGUGAGGAAUGCGGUGGAAACGAUACGGUGAUUAUCAGAAACUCUUUGUGUCGCAACGGGACUUGGAGUUGCGGUUACUCGACCGUUGCCUCUCUCAACCAGCAGAUCUGCAGAAAAUCGACGAAGUCCUACAACUUUUCCUGCACCUUCGACGAGCAGUGCUACAUAUUCGGUCCGGACGCAUCCUGUCAGAAGAAACGUUGCCUCUGCAACUCGCGAUCGCAUUGGCUCGAGGAUCAACUUUUCUGCUGGACGAACAAAGGUAUCGGCGAAUCGUGCGUCCGAAACGAGGACUGUUACGUCGAGGGACUUUCUUCGGAACUCAGCUGCAACGAUUCGGUUUGUACUUGUCCGCCGGGAACGACCGCAUCCUCCGAUAAAACCAGUUGCCAGAACGUCGACGCCACCCUCAACGAAAGUUGCGAGUUCGACGCCAACUGCACCAUCGCUAACUCCGCUUGCAUCGAUGGGGUCUGCGGAUGUGCCGAAUACUAUUACCCCGUCGACGAAGCGUGUCUUCCAGGUCUGAACGCGACGUGUUCGACGGACGACGACUGCACCGUCCCGAGUUCGGUGUGUUCGCGAGCUGAGGUCUGCGAAUGCGGCGGUAAUACCGUUGCCGCGGGAACCAACCUAUGCAAACCAGUGGCGGACUACGGCGAAGAAUGCGAGUACGACAUUCAGUGUUCAAGUGUCGUGGAAAACGCUUACUGCAGCAAAUUGUCCGACUCGAAUCAAACGACCGCCUGCGCUUGCCGAUCGGAUUAUCAUUACAGAAACGGUGGCUGCAAUUUCAAAUCAAGGCUGGGAUCUCACUGCUCGUCGAUCGUCGAUUGUUACCUGGAAUCUGGUCAGGAAUACGCCGUUUGUCUCAAUGGAAGGUGCGCUUGCGAUUGGGAAUCGACGGCGACUUCUCCCACGUCUUGCGAAACCUACAGAGGUGACGCGACGACCUUCUUCUUCUCCACUUCGUUGGGUCUGGUUCUUUUGGCUGUAAAAAUCCUCGUGGUCUGAUCGUACGAACCGACGACAAUACGAUAUUAUCGAUUACUAGGAUGAAAUUAUAAUCAUUGCCACCUAACUUACGUUUGACAGUAUUGAUAUUUAUAGACUCUAACACGUAUACCGUCUUUGUUGUAAUUUGAAGAAAAAAUUUAGAUUUAAAGUUGUGUAAGAAUAAUGUAAUGUAAGGGCUGAUCGAUAUCCAAUAAACUAACGAUGUUUUUUAAAUACCAAAAAAAAAAAUUUCACUUCCG